AUGGACCGAUUGGAAUCAGAAAAAAUCGACCACUGGAAAAGGACAGGCAUCUAUACCCUUUUACAGAUUGCCCGUUGUGGCCCUCCCCAGUCCUGUGGCAUGUUAUUAGCCGCCCUUCAGUUCUGGGAGAGUUCGACCAACUCCUUUCAUACUAAGUGUGGCAUGAUCACACCGACACUUCUGGACAUUGCUGCCAUCACUGGCUUGAAACCGACUGACGAAGUCUUCGACUGUGAAGCUGUUGCGCUAAUUUCCUUGAGGUUCAACGUUGGUGACUCUCGCAAACCAACAUACAACAACUUUAUUGAUCAUCACGCCACCUCUGCGGGCCCUGUGACCGACGAGGAGCAUGUGGCUUUCUUGACUCUUUGGUUGUCCCGCUUUGUUUUCUACUUAAGAUCUAUGCAGGUAGCUAAGCACUUUGCUCUCCUGGCAACCCAAUUGCACCAAGAGCGUGACGUUUCCUUGGGCCAACUGAUAUUAGCCUCUCUCUACGAGUCUCUAUCUGAGGUUGUCUGCCAGAUUAGCCUCUUCGACCCUGAGAACUCCAAAAAGAAAAACAUAUUGGUCCAUGGCCCUUUCUGGUUUUUGCAAUUGUGGCUCAAUGCCACUUUCUCCAAAGAUGUAGCCCCCUAUGGAAUGAGGAGGGUUGCGUGUCCCCCAGAGGAACGACAUCUUAUCUGGAAACGGUUGAUCCCUCUGACGCCUAUCGACAAGAAUUUCCCAGACCUUCAAGUGUUUCGACUCAUCUUCAACAUCAUGUUGACUCGUGUCGAUUUCCUACCUUCUAUGGCCCCUUUUAGCCGUCGAACUGAGGGUCCUGAGUGGCUCACCAGACCCUUCCCUCCGGCUGACGGGGAACAUAGGGAUGAAGCCUUCCUCAUUUGGAGGCGUUUUUUGGUCCCUCGCUUCUUGUCGGCUGAGACCGCCAGCAGCAAUCCUGGCUUAGUGGCUUAUCAGCCUAACCUUGUGGCCAGGCAAUUUGGCCUUUGCCAAUUCAUUCCCAAGUCUCUGUUCUCCUCUCAAGAAUUACUUGCCAAUAUUCUCUGCGGUCAACCUUGGAGCGAGGUCAAAGAGGAACUUGAAACCAUUUGGAAAUACCGACCACGUCUUCCUUCUCUUCCUUUUCGACCAGCCUACUACUGCACCAAAGAAUUCCAUGAUUGGUGGCAGUCGUAUUUUACCCUUUAUGUUGGCGCUCCUGAUGCCAAACUAUCUGAAUUAACUGAGGCUUUUGUUUGUUUGCAGGCGAAGUCGACCAAAUCGAUCCCUCUAAAUCCUACAGGUUCUGCAUCUGCUAACCAACCUACUCCUUCGACACAAGAGGCUCAGGCUGCUCCUGAGGAAUCUUCUAACGACGAUGGGCGCCCCAUUGCUCAGGUAUUGAGGAAAUCCAGUUCUUCUGGUCGAACACAUCCGACAGAACCUCCUGUCUAUUCUGCCUCCAAAAAAUCCAAAAAACACAAACGCUCUGCUCCCGCGGGCUCUGGGGUAUUUCUUGUCGGCUUGUCCUCUCUUUUGGCUAGACUAUCUGGUUAUAACCUCUCUUCGUGUCUCCAGCACGCCUCUCAACAUAAAUCCAAAAGCCACCAUGGCCACAAGAGGAAGAAACAUGACUUUCCUUCCAAGAGUGGCGAAAACAAAAAGAAGAGGCACCAUACAAUGCCUUCUUCAGAGGCUCCUGUCGAAGAUGCCGACACCCUUGUGGUCGACACUUCCAUCCUUGAUACGGUCCCUGCUCCAGCUGUGGGAGCUUCACCGUCGACUGGUCUCUCCCCCGCUACUUCCUUGAGGAACACAAAUCAGGAUGCAGCUGAUGCCUCUACUGAGCCGACUCAACCUAUUGCCGACUACACUCCCGCGUCGCCGGUUUCUUCUCCUGCUCACCCAUUUCAAUCUGUCGACAUCGCUGGUGAGUCCAUUGAAUUUCCUCUCCAGAUUAGUGACAGUGACUCUGACUCAGUCACUAGUCAUGCGACGCAUCCGGACUCCAGUUUGACUAGUUCUGACUCGAGUCUCUCUUCAGCUUCCUUGCAGGAUCCACGGGGGCCAGUAGGUGUCGACACCAACAAACAACAAUCCUCUCAGACUACUCCUUUGUCGUCUGCUUCUCCCCCUCAGAUUACUUCUCCAUCAGCAGCUUCUCCUUCGACUUUCCCGGGGCUGACGAUCAAGCCUUCUGCGUUAGAAGUGUAG